AUGUACCGUUCUUCUAAAAGAAGAAGGCUUGCUCCUUCAUCAAGUUUUCACUCUCUUAGGCACUCUUCAAAAGCAAAUACCGCCCGAAGCACGCCUCAUCCCCCCCAACAGCCCCAGGCCUCGCGAGAGACAGCCUUCAAUUUUCGAGACUCGUCAACGUCUAGACAAUCGCGGCUUGAUAUCAGAAGCGAGGUUUCUCGCAGUGACAGAUUCGAACAAUUUGCUGAUGACAAUUUGGACCAGGUGAUAGCAGCCUUUGAUGUGAAAGAUUCUGGAAAGCUUGGCUGUUCCUAUUUUUGUGCCCAAGAAGAGAGGUUAUACUUGCUGGGAGACAUGCGGUCUGCUGAUAGAGACCUCAUCAACACCUUGACCCUCCAAAUUAAGCCUACCUUAGUUCUGACAUCUGCUCGCGUGGAUGAUAUCUGUGGGUGGACUGGUCAGGACUAUAAACCGGACGGUUCUCAGUCGUACCUACCCUUUCAAGUUGAUAUCCGCCCAUCUCAAGAAUUUAACUACUCGGAUGCAAGAAAUAAGCUUGUAGCCCUCGAUGUCUCAUCUCAGGACCGACGCAUUCAGUUCCUUGUGCCUCAGGAUGGGGUGGCAGUCAACGACCAGCUCCGCAUGGAGGACACUGGAUAUACUGCGCAUGAAGGGAGGCUACUACAUAUGUCAGGUUCUAUUGACAUGGAUAACAAAGUCACGAUUUCCUGCGCCGGUGCUAUACUUACUCACAUUCAGAGGCGAAUAAUUGCAGGCUCGGUCUCUAGUGCUGAAGGCGAGUUUACCUUCAGGGUGGACUCAAUUGAAAUGUCUAGUCUACAUGGGACGAUGUCGCUAAGCGCAAAUACUCUAUUAUGUCUUCAAAUAUUACACUCCGAAUCACAACCUAAUAUGCCCAACCAAGGCUCAAAGAAAAGUGAACCGUCUUCCAAAGAAGGACUGUCAGUAUACGGCAUUUUCAAGCGUUUCGCUUAUACCCCACAGGGAAAGAUUCGGCUCAGACAGCAUUUCCUCAGACCAAGUAUUGAUAAAGACGUCAUACACAGGCGACACGGCUUCAUUGAAGUGUUCCUCAAACCAGGAAAUCUUUCGCCCUUGGAAAAAUUGACAAAGAGUUUGAAACACAUCAAGAACCUUCGUUCAGUGAUGGUCAACAUACGAAAAGGAGUCACCGCAGGAAGUGGUAAUAUCAUCGGUUUCAAAACCACCGUCUGGGCAACCCUACUGGCUUUUGCGUUCUACGGGAUCGAUAUUCAACAUGCCUUAAAGGAGGUAUCGGGUGGAGACAGACUACCCUUGUGCAAGAAGGCACUGGAGUUACUUGAAGCGGCGCAGCUUUAUAGGAUUGACGUUGAUGAAACGGAAGAGCAAGGAAGAACAAUCGUGAAACCAGGAGUUGAUAAGAACCUCGAUGAGUUAAAAGAUAAAUACGACGGCCUCGGUGAUCUAUUGAAGAAAGUCGCACUAGAAAUUGCAACGAUGAUUCCAGAUAGCCUCGAUGUCGACGUGAAUGUUGUUUAUUUUCCUCAGUUAGGGUUCAAUAUUGCGAUCCCCGUGGAUAACAACGGGCAAGCAACAUUUAAUGGCAGUGACGAUGGCUGGGACAUGAUUUUUGUUACUGAAAAUCGAGCAUAUUUCAAAGAUUUUCGAAUGAAAGAGAUGGAUGACUGCCUAGGUGAUAUAUAUGCAUUGAUUUGUGAAAAGGAGAUAGAAAUUGUCCAUCUCCUUGCCCAGAAGUUACUUCAAUUUGAAAAGGUACUUCUCGAGGCAUCUGAUAUUUGUGGUGAGCUUGAUUGUCUUCUCGCAAUGGUUCAUGCAGCAAGCCUGUACAAUUUAGUUCGUCCGCAGAUGACAGACGAGGCUAUUCUUGAUAUCAAAGGAGGCCGUCAUCUUCUCCAGGAAAUGACAGUCUCAUCUUACAUUCCAAACGAUACCCUACUUGUGGGAGGUGCAGCCGAGUCAAGUCCCAUGCCUAUAUAUCUCGGAACACCCCAAAAUACCUCAGACCUUCCCGGCUUGUCUGAUCGCCCAAGCAUGCUCUUGCUCACAGGUCCAAACUUUUCCGGAAAGAGUGUAUACAUGAAACAGGUUGCCUUAAUCCUUUUUCUUGCGCAGGUCGGAAGCUUCGUUCCUGCGGAAAAUGCAACUUUGGGUAUUGCGGACAAAAUCUUGACAAGGAUAAAUACACCUGAGAGUGUGACAAAGGCUCAGAGCACCUUUAUGAAUGAUCUACAGCAGAUAUCCCUUGAUCUAAAACUUGCAACCAGUCGCAGUUUGGUCAUCAUUGAUGAGUUUGGCAAAGGGACUAACAAAAGUGACGGGAUUGGGCUAGCAUGUGGUAUACUCGAACAUCUGCUCCGUCUCGAAGUCUCACCGAGAGUCAUUGCAGCAACUCAUUUCCAUGAAAUCUUCGAACAUGGGCUCCUUGAAUCUCGACCAAGACUUCAGUUAGGCUUCAUGGAAGUUCAAGUCUGCGAAGACUCCGAGGAUGUCAACGAUCAGAUUACCUACCUCUAUAAUUUCCGUUUGGGUCGGAGCAACAAGAGUUACGGCACAAUGUGUGCAGCUAUAAAUGGCAUCAGCCCCGUCAUUGUAGCUCGGGCGAAUGAUCUUGCUCUCUGUGCUGCCCGGAAUCAAAAUAUGGGUACUGCUUGUGCCAAAUUAUCUGCUGCAGAGACAAAAUUACUAGCGGAGGCAGAAACUCUUGCGAGGAACUUUCUCGAAAUGGACUUUUCAGAAGACACUGAGGAUACGGCUGUUAGGGAUAUGUUGGAAACUCUCUUGAAGACUCCAGGCUCCAUCAUAGACGACGAAUCUCAACAAGAAGUCUCGCAAUAG